UACUCUUGGAACAGAAUUUGCUAUUGCAGAGAACGCGGAAAAGCAAUUAAUAAUAAAUUGCAUGAAAAAUGAGGCUUACUUCUUCUUUUCAAUCCUUUGAUUUAUUAAACAAACAAACGAAGAAUGGUAAGCUCUGAGAAAUUUCAUUGAGUUGACAUAUAAUAUAAUAAAAUAAAAACGUUGAUGACUAAGACUCAGAAGCAAAUAUCCCUUGGAGAACAGGUCACGCAAUUUUGAGAGUGGACACUAUAAAUAGGAUGCGAGGCCUGUGCUGCUUCCUCACUCUAAACUACCAAUCCAAUAGCUAAUUUGCUCUGAGCUUUUCCCUCUGUUGCACAAACCAUUUUCUGCUAUAUUACGAGUAAAGAGAAAAAGAAAAUGGCUUCUAGCUUAUCUUUAAUUACUUUCAUGGCUCUCACAAUAUUAGUGAUGACCUUCUCAUGCAUCCCAUGUCAAGCACAGCUUUCUUCAACCUUCUAUGACAGGACAUGUCCUUCUGCUUUAAGCAUUAUAAAGGGUGCUGUUAGUGCAGCUGUGUCCCGUGAGCGGAGAAUGGCUGCUUCCCUCCUUCGCCUUCAUUUCCAUGAUUGCUUUGUUCAAGGUUGCGAUGGCUCGGUGUUGCUGGACGAUACUCCCUCAAUGACUGGCGAGAAAAAUUCACUCAAUAAUGCCAAUUCUAUCAGAGGAUUUAAUGUCAUUGAAAAUGUCAAGUCUCAAGUGGAGAGUCGAUGUCCUGGAAUUGUUUCAUGUGCUGACAUCGUUGCAGUGGCUGCUCGCGAUGCAUCUGUUGCUGCCGGAGGACCAUCAUGGACAGUGAAGCUUGGAAGAAGAGACUCCCUCACUGCAAGCGGAGACCUUGCUGAUCAAAACCUUCCUCGCUUUACAAAUACUCUCAGUGAACUCACUUCCUCGUUCAGUAGGAAGAAUCUGAAUCAAAGAGAUUUGGUUGCCCUUUCAGGAGCACAUACAAUUGGCCAAUCAAGAUGUUUCAGCUUCCGUGCUAGAGUUAACAGCAAUGCAAGUGAUAUUGAUCCUGAGUUUGCUAGGUCUCUGAGGGAAGAUCUUCCGUGCCCUGCUGAUGGUUCUGGAAAUUCAAACCUUGCACCACUUGAUUUAGUGACUCCCAAUGCUUUUGAUAACAGCUUCUUCAGGAAUCUUGUUAACAAGAAGGGACUUCUUCAAUCAGAUCAGGUUCUUUUCAGUGGUGGUGCUACGGACAGCAUUGUCAAUCAGUACGUCAGGGACUCUUCAAUCUUCAGGUCUGAUUUUGCAGCUGCCAUGGUAAAGAUGGGAGAUUUAAGCCCCUUGACUGGUUCUCAAGGAGAGAUAAGAAAAGUUUGCAAUGUUGUCAACUGAUUUGCCAAAGAAACAUUCAAGUUGCAAAAUGUUUCACUAUAUAGACAAGUAUCCUACAAUAAAUAGUGGGUGAAUAGCAUAAGCAAAAUUUAUCCGCUAGAGGCAUUCUUAAUGCCUUGCUCAUGUAUUCAUUUUCAAAUUUCAACUCAAGUGUGGUUAAGAGUUUUCUUUCUUUUAAUUUGAAGUGUGAUCGUUAUUCUUGUAUGAAAAUUUCGUUGUGUUUGCUUGAACAGAAAGACAAGACUACAAAUUUGGAUGGUGUU